GGGGGUGGCAGGAACGACCCGGGGGCUCCGCGGGUUGGGAUCCCGGCGCCUUCCCGGUGCUGCGGGAUGCUGAUCCCGGAGCUGAUCCCGGAGCUGAUCCCGGAGCUGAUCCCGGGCUCACUGCCCGGCGGAGCCUGGAGGAAGUUCCCUUUCCCUUUAAAUGCAAAUCCCGGGCUGUGCGGACGCUGGCCGGUGGGCUCGGGCUGUUCAUCGGUCCCGGAGGCCGGAGCGGGCCUGGCGCAGGGAAGGAGCCGUGUCGGUGGCACGGAGGGUCCCGGUGCCGCAGCAGCCGCGGCCAUGGAGGAGCGGAGGAAGAAGCGGAGCCCGCAGAGCUGCCUGGCCCAGCCGCUGCCCGCCGGGGCCCCGCGGCCGCUGCCCCCGAGCAAGAGCGCGUCCUUCGCGCUGCCGCUGCCCGCGCUGCCCUCGCCCCGCCAGCGGCCGCGGCCCCGCCGGGCGAGCAAGGAGCGGGCGCGGGCGGGCGCGGGCGGGUCCCGGGGGGCGCCGCUCCAGCACAGCUUCCUCACGGACGUGUCCGACGUGUGUGAGAUGGAGCGGGGGCUGCUCAGCCUCCUCAGCGACUUCCACUCGGGAAAGCUGCAGGCGUUCGGAGUGCUCCUUCGAGCAGCUGGAGCACGUGCGGGAGAUGCAGGAGAAGCUGGCGCGGCUGCACUUCGGCCUGGACGUGUGCGUGGAGGAGCUGCCCCAGGAGCAGAAGAAGGCGGCGGCCGACAGGAACUUGGACCAGCUGCUGGCACACCUGGAAGAGCUCAGCAGCUCCAUGUAUCCUUGGCUGGGGACGGGACAGUGACAGGGGUGGCAGUGAUGCUGGUGGUGGGUGGCCACGGCAGGGGUGGCAGUGGUGAUGGGGAUGGCAGUGGUGAGAGUGACAGUGGUGGCAGUGGCAGUGGUGACAAUGCCAGCAGUGACAACGACGACAGUGAUGGCAGUGGCAGUGGUGACAGUGAUGAUGGUGGCAGUGGCAGUAGUGGCAGUGGAAGUGACAGUGGUGGCAAUGAUGGUGGUGGCAGUGGCGACAAUGACAGCAGUGACAGUGGUGGCAGUGAUGAUGGUGGCAGUGGCAGUAGUGGCAGUGGUGGCAGUGAUGAUGGUGGCAGUGUCAAUGACAGCGGUGACAAUGGUGGCAGUGACAGUGGUGGCAGUGGUGACAGUGAUGAUGGUGACUGUGGCAGUGGUGGCAGUGACAAUGACACCGGUGCCAGUGACGCUGCUGGCGGUCCCCUUGACCCGCUCUCAGACAGAAGCUGCACCUGGCCGAGAGCUCUGACCCGGAGGACGCGGCGCCCUGACCCCGGGGCUGUCCCUGACCCCGGGGCUGUCCCUGACCCCGGGGCUGUCCCUGUCCCCGUCCCUGUCCCUGUCCCCGCCGCCCCUCAGGCCCGGCCCCGGCCGCGCCCCCCCCGCCAUGGCGGCUGUCGCGGCGUGAUGACGUCAGCAGGCGGCGGCGCGGCCAUGGCGGCCGAGGCCGGGCCCGAGGCCGAGCGGCGGCGGCUGAUCCGGGCCGUGACCGGGCUGCAGGCCCGGGCCAGGGGGUUCCUGCUGCGGCGGCAGCUCCGCGCGGCGCGGGAGGAGUUCGAGGCGCUGGUGCUGCAGCUCGAGGGGGACCGGGGACAGCUCAGCUGGAGCGGCCGCGUCCUGCCCCGCCCGCGCUUCGGGAACGAGGAGCCAAUUCCCGGGAAAACCGGGGAGGAGGAGGGGACAGAGCGGGGGCGCGCCCCUCCCCCAGCCCCCCCUGACCCCCCAAAUUUGGGGGAGGAGGAGGAGGAAGAGGAAGGAGCCGGGUCGGGGGACACGGAGAGCAGCAAGAGCCCAGGGAUCCUGCAGGAGUUGCAGGCACUGCCACGCCGGGAGCUGCAGCAGCAGCGGCUGCAGCUGCAGCUGGAGCUGCUCUGGAUCCAACAGGCCAUGGCCAGCAGGAAACACUUCCUGCUGCUGAAACAGAAGCUGGGAAUUCCUCACCAUGCCUGCAGCAGCAUUCCCGAGUUCCUGCACUGCUGGGGAGAGGCCCCGGAGCUGCAGCAGCUGCAGCAGUUGCAGCAGCAGCAGCCCUGAGGGACCAGGGGCAGCUGCAGCUCCCUGGGAUGCAGAAAAAUGGGAACAAAUCCCUCUGUAGGGUUUUGCUGCCAGCAGGAUGGAGCAGCAGCAACCCCGAGGAGUGUCCUGGAGGGAGCUGAGCUGGGAGAUCCAGGUGGGAAUUGCAGGGUUGGCACUCCCAGCCGUGUUCUGGAGCUGUUUGGGGCUGCAGGAACGAGCUCUUCUGGGGGUUCCAGCUGGGAAUUGGGUUUUUGGGGUGACUCUGUGAUAUCCAAGGAGGCCUGCAUCCCAAAUCCAGCUCCCUGGGAUGCAGAAAAAUGGGAACAAAUCCUUCUGUGGGUGUCUGUUCCCAGCAGGAUGGAACAUCAGCAGCUCCUGGAGGGAGCUGUGCCACCAGAGCCCUGUUUGGUGGCUGAGCUGGGUGAUCCAGGUGGGAAUUGCAGGGUUGGCAUUCCCAGCCCUGGAGCUGUUUGGGGAUUCAGGAAGGAGCUCUUCCCACACAGCUCUGGGAAUCCGUGUUUGGGGUGGCCAAGGGUUGGAUUUUUGGGAGCAGUUCCCUGGCUCUGCUGUGCAGCUGGGGAGGGAGGGCCCAUCCCCCUGAUCCUUGGGAUGAAGGCUCAUUCCUGCUUUUCCUCUGCCUCUGGAAUUGUCUCCCCGGGCAGAGGCAGGAAAGGACCUGGUGCUUUGUCAAUUCCUUCAGCUCAGGGACAUUCCAGGUCCCUCACAAAGGGACUUCCCACGUGGUGCUGUGCCUCCCUGCCCUGACCCCUCUGUGGACACUGCAGAUCUGGAUCCUUUCUGCUCUGGAAUUGUUUUUAUUUUUUUGGGAAUUAAAAAAAAAAAACCAACUUUUCCUGA